CACCCACAUCGAUCCUUAAAUAUAUAUCCCCACCGGCCCAGUCUAUUUUCGCGUUUGACCAGCUGUCACUCCUGCAAUCUUCUUGCUGAGCAAUAUGUUUGGACUCUAUACCGUCACCGCGGUAAAGAAGUCAUCUAAGAAAGACUUGACUCCCCCGCCUUCACCACCCACGGACGGAAACGACUUCGUCUCCAAUUCUCUCGAACCCGCGAUCGAUGGGCCGCCAUCGCCCGAACGGAUACGUGCCUAUACUGAGCAGAUGAAAAGAAGUUCGUUGUUUGGGAAUAAUUCAAGGACUAACACACUCUCUUCCGCUACAUCUUCCUUCCGUUCCCGCGAGUCGACAUCUGGCUCAACGGAUAAUGUAAGCUUGUCUCGGAAAUCUUCUGGACGCUCUUCAAACGCAAGCAGCAUGCCGUCAAUUCGAUCUGAGCGGCCGGAAAGUGUCCAGAUAUUCGGAUCGAUCUUUUCUCGAAGUGGAAGGAAGUCGAGGAGGGAACACAAUGCUAGCAGCUUAAGAACUUCAGGAUCGUCGACCACUCUCGACGAGUCUGUCAUUGAGGAGGAAUCCGCAAAGGAGCAUUACUACGGCAAAAGGAGUGUUUCUCGACGACGGCAUCUCAUCUCUGGACCUUACAACUUCCAGCACGUCACGCAUACUCGACAAGAUCACCUUCCCAACUUAGAGCGUACGAGUCGUAUGGACUUGGUCUCCGAAUUUUCAGCUAUUCGCGCAUCACAAGCCCCAACACAUGGCGAGUUGAAAGGCAUCAGGGCUGAAGACUUGCAUUUCGAGAACUUCUCUUCUGAAGCUUUAGCUUUGACUCCAACUGAGGAGCUUUCUCCCAAUUCUUCAACCAGACCCCGACAUCGCGCUGUGCUGCGCAAGUCCGUCAAUCAGCUUCAACGAACCAUGCCAUACGCAAAAUCACACGAUGAACUCAGGAUAGCCCCGCCACGACCACCCCGCUCGCCGCUGUCGCCCGAAUGUCCUGUGGCACUACCAGCUAGAACUUCCUCUCGGACAGCCUCAGUUCUAUUUGACACUUUCGAUCCUCUGGCAUCAACUACUAUUGAGCGGCCAUACACUAAUGGGGGAUUUCGAAGGCCAGCACCAUUCCACCUGCCAAUCCCACCUCCACCAAGCUGGGACGAGCGCAAGGAAGACUUCUCAAACCGCCCGUUGUCACACGCCGUGACGACGCCAGGAGAUGAAGCAUGGCCAUUGACUGCAUCCCCAUCUGGAAAUUUUGGUGUUGAAUUGACUGAUGUUCAGGAAGAAGAUGAAGAUGUGUUGUCGAGGAGGUCGCGAUUCUCGACCGCCAGUGCUGAGCUGAGAAUGUCUCAAUCGGUGCCGGCAUUGCGACGAAAGUCUGUGGAACAGGCCAAUGACAAACAGGAAAUGGCGUCUUCAACAACGCCACUCCCUGAAGCGACCUCGUCAUCGCAUGAGUUGCAACAAGCACCAGCAUUCCAAUUCACGACAGAUUCAUGGGAAUCGGACAUUGAUUGGUGUUACGAGCACGAAGUUGAGGCUGAUUGCAAUUAUGAUUGGGAUCGAUGCUCAGCGGUCGAGGCCAAUGCAGCGGGCGAGUCAGUAUCGACAACAAGUCAGCCAGCCCUUCAACUGCGUCUUCAGAACGAGGAGAGGACUUACCAUGGUCGAUUUCGGCCCUCGCUAUUAGUUCCAUCGCCUUCUGAUCUUCCCGAGUUGUCACCAGUCUCCAUAAUGUCGACGCCUUCCGACCCGCGAACCCCUAAUUUUUUGCGUCCUGCCCAUGUUCGCUCUCCUUCUCACGCGUCAUCGUUCAAAGAGACUCACGGUUUCACUCUGUCGCCUACACUCUUGAUCCCAAGCGACUUCCAAUCACAGAUGGACCAAGAUUCCAUCUAUAAUGAGCAUUUCGGAAACGACUCGACAUCGGGAACAAUCUUUGCACCAGAGCCAUUCGAACACUCGGUGUCUCCCGUAGACGAAGGGGCUUCGAGCACUGCAUCGUUUCGAUCAUCAGACUUCUCUCGAGGCUCGGCACGUAGCUCGUCAAGCACUCGCGUCUCCGCUAACUCUCGUGGAAGUCAAGAUUCGAUGAUCCUGCUUGCUCGUGCUGCUAGCUUAUCUCAAGAGCACCGAAGCAUUGGAUCCGCGUCGUCGCUUCCAGACCUGAUCCGAUCGUCACAUCGACCUGAGGUCGAUGUCUCGAGCAGUAUCGCUGCUUUAACUAUCUCGAAUGAUGAGGGUGUAGCUCCAGCCAUUACCUCGUUGCAACAUCGUCGAAACAAGUCUCUGGCUAUGGAAAAUGGGCGUCGCAUGGGAGAAACCCAUGCUGCACCUACACCAGCCAUGCUCACAAUCGAAAAGACAGAUCUUGUCGAGCCAAGCAGCGCUUUAAGUCCUGUCGCAGAGUUCCCAGCCAUGCCCAAAGAGGCAGUGGUCAGACCUCUUGUGCAUGGACGGAAGACCUCAGCGCCAGUGGUAAGCCCUAGCGUAAAGGCUUUCAAAGGAAGAGCUCGAGCGAAGACGUCAGCGACACGAGGAAGCUAUGUGCUAUUUCCACAAAACUGAGGGCCUUCUCCGAAUGGAGAAUCACUAUUUUUGGUUGCUCCGGCUGGCCAGAGAAUGGGGCUGGAAAUACACCCACGGGAACCACACCACCACAACAGAGGCAGCUGCCUCGAUGAUUUGACAUGUU